AUGUGUGGUGUUUCGGGUAUUUUGCUGGGUGACCAGGAAGCCACUUCUGCCGCUAUCGAUUUGCACGAAUCUUUGUAUUACCUCCAACAUCGAGGUCAAGAUGCUGCAGGUAUCGCUGUUUGCCAGGGAGGAAGAGUCUCCCAGUGCAAGGGCUUGGGAAUGGCCAGCAAGGUCUUUUCUGAUGGCCGAAGACUUGAGCAUCUGCCCGGAUACAUGGGCCUGGGACACGUCCGCUACCCUACCAUGGGCACCGCUUCUGCAUCCGAAGCUCAGCCUUUUUACGUCAAUGCGCCAUUCGGAAUCUCAAUGAGCGUCAACGGCAACCUCGUCAACACUGAAUAUCUCCGCAAAUUCCUCGACGAAGAAGCCCACCGACAUGUCAACUCCGAUUCCGACUCGGAGCUCCUUCUCAACAUCUUUGCACACGGACUUCAGCAGCUCGGCAAGACUCGCGCCAACUCUGAAGAUAUCUUCACUGCUCUGAGCGAUGUGUACUCCAAGUGCCAGGGCGCUUUUGCCUGCACUGCCAUGAUCGCUGGUUUCGGUAUCCUGGCUUUCCGUGACGCCAACGGUAUCCGACCCCUUUGCAUUGGAUCUCGACCCUCCGCUACUCUCUCCGGCACCAAGGAUUACAUGGUUGCUUCCGAAUCUGUUGUCCUCAAGCAGCUCGGCUUCGAGGAUAUCAUCGACAUUCUUCCCGGACAGGCCUGCUUUUUACAAAAGGGCUGUGCUCCCAAGUUCCGCCAGAUCAUCAACGACCGACCCUACACCCCUGAUUGCUUCGAGUUCGUUUACGUUGCUCGCCCCGAUUCGACCAUGGAUGGUAUCUCCGUCUACCGCAGCCGACAGAACAUGGGAGAGAAGCUGGCCAAGAAGAUUCGUGCGGUUCUUGGAGAUAAGGCAGUUGAAGAGAUCGAUGCUGUUAUUCCUGUUCCUGAGACAAGUAACAUUGCCGCUGCUACUCUUGCUGAAAAGCUCGGCAAGCCAUAUGUGACUGCUCUUAUCAAGAACCGAUACGUCCAACGAACUUUCAUUCUCCCCAACCAAGCUCUCCGAAUGAAGAGUGUCCGCCGAAAGCUUUCACCCAUCGACUCAGAAUUCCGCGGCAAGAACUUGAUUAUAGUGGAUGACAGUGUCGUCCGUGGAACUACAUCACGACAAAUUGUCCAGAUGGCUAGGGAUGCUGGUGCCGUCAAGGUUAUCUUUGUUUCAGCCUCUCCCGAGUGCAUGCACCCUCACAUUUAUGGUAUCGAUCUUGCGGAUCCAAUUGAUCUGGUUGCCCAUGGUCGAACUACACAGGAAAUUGCCGACUAUAUCGGUGCUGACGAGGUCAUCUUCCAGGACCUUGACGGCAAGGACGGAUUGAAGGCUGCUUGCAUGGAGGCUGCUGAAACCGAAAGCAAGGUUGAGGACUUCGAGGUCGGUGUCUUCUGUGGUCGCUACGUCACAGACGUCCCAGAAGGAUAUUUCGAACACUUGAGCGACCUCCGAAACGGCAAGCGAAAGGCCAAGGCAGCCUUGACAGAGAUCAAGGCCGGCGGUGAUGAGGGUGCCAAUGUUGUCGUCAGCUCUGGACCUACAAAUGGCCCACCUGACUCUGAUGAACGCGAAGACAUCAGCCUUCACAACAUGGCCAGCGAGCAGAUGACAACGUCAUAA